AUGAUUUUCUUUGGACAACUUGUCUGUGCUGGUUGUCACAAGGUCCUCAGUUAUCCAUUAGGUGCCAUUAGUUGUCGUUGUCGCAACUGCAAUACAGUCAAUGCCGCCCAAAAUAUGCAACUCAACUGCGGCUUCUGCAAUCAAUCCAUUCUCGUCCCGCUCAACACGCUGCGGUUUCUCUGUCCCUGCUGUGCCACCGUGACGGACAUUCCACAGUCCCUCCUUCCACGCGUGGAGGAGCCCGUCGACACCGGCGCCUGCGGGGAAAAUGACGCCAACACCAUUUACGUCACGUAUCCCAUCAAGCGAAGCGGUAAAAAGUCCAAGACUACAAAAUCCUCAGAAACAACAACAACAACUACAACUACUACUACAAUAAUAGCAGCAAAAGGAGGAGGAAGAGGAUCAUUAGAUGUGGUGGAAGAGGGAAAAGGGGGAGUUGUGGAGAAUGUGUUAUCGCGUCGAUUACAACGGGAGGAGAUGGAGGAAAUGAGUAGACAAAUGGAGGAAAGGAAACCAAAACAAUCCAGUAAAAAAGAAGAAGAGGAUGAAGAGAUAGAAGAAGGGAAAGGAGGAAAAAGUGAGCGUGUGAUAUCAACAAUGAUGGUUGUUGGAACGCAGAUAUUAUGA